GCCGAUGGGAAGCUCUCCUAGAACUUGGCGCUCUGGUUGCUGCGAGGACAGCGUGGGGUGGGAAGGUGCCAGGAAAGGGGAGCGCUGUCAGAAGUAGCCCCCCUGUAUGGGACCGGUUGAGGGUCUGUCAGGUGCUUGCUCCGACAGCACGGUGUGGAGUGCUCAAAGCCAAGCAAAAUGACAUUGGCCCAGCUGUUGCUCCAAGGACUUUCCACUUCCCUCUUGUUAUUUUGCAAAGUCUAAGUGUUGGCAACCCGCUCGUGGCUGAGUGCAGAGCUCUCUGGGUUCCAUGUCUAUUGCCAAUGCUGCAGCAGGCGUCUGCACUGGCCCUGCGCGUCCCAGGGCACUGACUGCCCGAUGCUCAGAGCUGGCAAUGCUUGGUGACAUGCCCGGGAUUUGUCUGGUUCCCUGGGGUCUCUCCAGGUGUUUGCGGAGAAGGGGCGGCCCGUAUAAAACAGAACCUGCGAGUGACCUCACCCGCUGGCGACUGAGCAAUGAAGAAGGGCGGCAGAGUUGGCGCUACCUGGAGGCUGGCGAGGCAUGUGAGCGAGAGCAGAGCGGGCUGGAGGCUCACUGCCUAGGCUUGGACACGAGUAAGUUCUUCAAGGCCUUGCCCCAGGCCUGCACAGCCCAGGAAGCAGCGCUGAAUGGGAUGAAGUUUUACUCUGGCCUGCAGGCGGAGGAUGGGCACUGGGCCGGUGACUUCGGGGGGCCCCUCUUCCUGCUGCCAGUCUUGGUUGAUUGCACGAGCGCUCGGCCAUGUCUGACUUCCCUGCUCUCUGUAUGUGGCAGGCACGUGGAAGACAAAUCGACAGUGUUUGGCACAGCGCUCAACUACACGUCCCUGAGGAUCCUGGGGGUUGGGCCGGAUGACCCGGACCUCGUGAGGGCUCGGAUCAACCUCCACAGCAAAGGGGGUGCUGUGGGAAUCCCGUCCUGGGGGAAGUUUUGGCUGGCCGUCUUGAACGUUUACAGCUGGGAGGGAAUGAACACGCUGUUCCCUGAGCUGUGGUAGGUGCUGAUCCCCACAUCAGCCCCUUGUUCCCCUCGACGUGUCUGGCUGCACUGUCUCAUGGGUCUGCUCCCAUGGCGCGCUAGUGAGCGGAUGGCUAAUCUCCCGCCUGCUCCCUGCCAGGAGCUGUACAUCCAGGACUACUCCAGCAUUGACUGGCCGGCCCAGAGGAAUAACGUGGCUGCCUGCGAUCUCUACACCCCGCACAGCUGGCUGCUCACACUUGCCAAUGCCAUCCUGAACGUGUACGAAGCCCACCACAGCGCCCGGCUGAGGCAGCGAGCCAUCGCGGAGCUGUACGACCACAUCAAGGCUGACGACAGAUUCACCAAGGCCAUCAGCAUUGGCCCGAUUUCCAAGACCAUUAACAUGCUGGUUCGCUGGUACGUGGAUGGGGAGAGCUCUCCAGCCUUCCAGGAGCAUGUCUCCAGGAUCCCUGAUUACCUCUGGCUGGGACUCGACGGCAUGAAGAUGCAGGGCACCAACGGAUCCCAGCUCUGGGACACAGCGUUUGCCGUCCAAGCCUUCCUGGAGGCUGGUGCUCAGAACGACCCGGCAUUCGCUUCCUGUCUGAGACGGGCCCAUGAGUUCCUCAAAAUCACCCAGAUUCCGGAUAACCCGCCCGACUACCAGAAGUACUAUCGCCAGAUGAGCAAGGGCGGAUUCCCCUUCAGCACCCGUGACUGCGGCUGGAUCGUGGCUGACUGCACUGCGGAGGGGCUGAAAUUGGUGAUGCUGCUGCAGGAGAAGUGUCCCUUCAUAGCAGAGCAUGUCCCCACGGGGCGCCUCUUUGAUGCUGUGAAUGUGUUGCUGAGCAUGAGGAAUCCUGACGGAGGCUUCGCGACGUAUGAAACCAAGCGGGGGGGCCGGCUGCUGGAGCUCCUGAACGCCUCGGAGGUGUUCGGUGACAUCAUGAUAGACUACUGCUACGUGGAGUGCACGUCGGCCGUCGUGCAGGCGCUGAAGCACUUCCACGAGGCCUUCCCCGAGCACCGGGCCCGGGAGGUCAGAGAGACGCUGCGCAAGGGCCUGGAGUACUGCCGCAGGGUGCAGAGAGCUGACGGCUCGUGGGAAGGGAGCUGGGGCGUGUGCUUUACCUACGGCACCUGGUUCGGACUGGAGGCCUUGGCCUGUCUGCAGCACACCUACCAGAACGGAGCCGCAUGCAGGGAGGUGGCCCAGGCCUGCCAGUUCCUGGUCUCCAAGCAGAUGGAGGAUGGUGGCUGGGGAGAGGACUUUGAGUCCUGCGAGCAGCGCAGAUACGUGCAGAGCCCCACCUCCCAGAUCCACAACACCUGCUGGGCCCUGCUGGGGCUCAUGGCCGUCAGAUACCCGGACGUUGGGGUGCUGGAAAAGGGGAUCAAGGUUUUGAUUGACAAGCAGCUGCCCAAUGGUGACUGGCCUCAGGAGAACAUCUCUGGGGUGUUCAACAAGUCCUGUGCAAUCAGCUACACCUCCUACCGCAACGUCUUCCCCAUCUGGGCCCUGGGGCGCUUUGCACGCCUGCACCCCGGCAGCACCCUUGCUGGCAAGCUGCAGCCCAGGUCCUUGCACAGCGAAGAGGAGAUCCUGGCU